GGCAGCCGUUAGAUAGAUGCGAAUCUCUAUAAAUUGAAAGAUCUAAGCUCCGAGAAGGCAUCGACGCAGUCCCAGUGUCUUAUUGACUCUACAUCAAACAUGUUUCAAUUGACAGUCUUAGUGAGUUUGUUGAGUGUCGCUUUGGCGUCACCUCAAUGGUACCCAGGAGCACAUGCAGGAUACCAUGGAGGAGCUCAUGGUUUCGCACAUGGUGCUGCUGCACCAUUGGGACCCGACGGUCGGGUAGUUGACACUCCGGAAGUUGCGGCAACGAAAGCUGCUCAUUUGGCAGCUUUAGCUGAGGCAUCUGCUCGUGCACCCCAAGGACCUGCUGACUACGAUCACCAUGACGGAGCUUACCAUGACGCAUGGAAUGCACCCAAUCCCGCCUAUGCCCCAGCUCACUUGGGACCACGGUACCACGGACCACCAGCACCUUUGGGACCCGACGGCCGUGUAGUAGACACACCGGAAGUCCAGGCUGCCAAAGCCCAUCACUUUGCUCUGUUCAACGCAGCAGCUCAAGCCGCCCCAGCAGGUCCAGCUCAUGCUCACGCUCCAGCAUAUCCAGCUCACGCGGACUAUGACUCAGGUGCUUACAAUCCCGCGUGGGAUUCUCCUGCUUGGAACACUCACUCUCAUUACUAAUUAAUUAAUCAACUUAUCCAUCAGUUUAAUUACUGACUUGUUGAUUAAAUAAUUAAUAACCGAAACUUAACUUACGGACACCGAAACUCGAUGGAUUUUUUAUUGACUGUUUUCUUUUGAUAUAUUUAGAGAUCCUACCUCACGGAAAGUUAAUCACUUUCUAAAUAUUUCGAUCUUUUGCUCAUCUAAUUUUAAUGCCUAACAUAUCUAUAUUUUUUAUAUGGACAAAAAAUUGAGCGCUGCCAAAAUUUAUGCAUUUAUAACACUAAGAAAAGUGAUAACUUUGUUAUGUAAAAUUGAUGUUUUAUAAUUUUGUUUUUUUUUUUUAUAAAUUUGUAUUAAAGUAAACAAACAAUAAAUAAAUUAU